GGCUCGCGGGUUGGUCCAUUUCCAUUCAUUUCCAAAGCAAACUUCGAUCGCUGUUGUGUUACCUAUAAAAACUCCGUUAAUCUCCGUUGACCAACGCUUCGAAUUUGGAACCAUGGGCGAACGAGACCCCGAAAGAAGCGCCAGAGUCUACGUCGGCGGUCUUACAGACAGCGUCAAGAAGGAAGACCUCGAAACCGAGUUUGAAAAGUACGGAAAACUGAACUCUGUAUGGGUGGCUUUCAAUCCCCCAGGCUUCGCUUUUAUCGAAUUUAUCAAUCACAGCGACGCCGAAUCGGCCUGUGAUAGUCUCAACGGCACCGAUUUCUUGGGCUCGAAACUGCGAGUCGAGAUUGCUAGGGGCAAGUCUCGCCGAGGAGGGUUCAGAGGUGGCCGAGGCAGGGGUGGCCCGCCAUACCGCGGGGGCGGUUAUGGGGGCGAUCGCGGCUUCAGAGGCGGCCGAGGCGGAAGGCCCGGAGGCCGCUUUGAUUCAUACGGGGGAGGAAGGCGCGACGACGGGGGGCGCUCAUACGGCAGGGAUUUUAGCAGAAGGAGAGAUGGAUAUGGCAGAAGUGAUAGCUACAAUGGAAGAGGUGGUGGCGGAGGCAGGAGAUUCGACAGUAGCUCCAGGUUCAGGUCAAGGUCGCCGGCGGCAGCCCCACCAAGACACUAGUUAAGCUACGUUUAAGCAAUCUUUAUUUGUAUUCUUAUUUUUUAUAUAUUUCGUUCAGUACAACAUUGAGGAAAGCUGGUGAUGUAUGACAUUAGAUUAAGUACAAUAGAUCUGGAGUUUAUGAAGACUUUUUCGAGAAACAUAAUUGUUGCAAAAGGCAACUUUAGAUGUUUAUUUUAUUACUACAUAAGAGUGAAAUAAAACCUAGUACCUAUACAAAUAUCACGUGUUACUACACGAUUUUUAAUGGCUUUCCAAUGUAUACACAGUGUGUAUCACUGUUUUUCAUCAAUUAAUUUCUUUGUGGGAUGAAUCACUGUUACGGUAAUAAUACCUUCAGUUACUAUUACCGAAUCGAUGUUUUUUAUAAAGUAGCAUUCGCCACCCUUUAUUUGUACAAAAGCUCAAUACUAAUAAUAAAAGUGUUAGAUCUA